CCCGAUCGGUACGUCAGAACUGUGCUUUAAUACAAGAAACGAGAGUAAUAAUGAUAUUCUAGAGCUUGAGUAUCAAAAUGCUAACCCUUACAAUGAUAUUAAACCUUCUAUUUAUACUAAUGGAGAGCAUGGGCUGCUCUAUGCUGAUUGGCCGUUGUUCCACCGACUUGAUCACCCAUGCUUCCACUUGCUGAUGUCACAAUCUGGCAUUAAUUGCACCUGGCCACUUGUUGGUUGUCCGUUGCUCGAACGGGAUGUUGAACCAUGCGGAAGACGCUGUCAAAUUGGCCCAAGUAUGAUGUAUGAUCCGAACUCCGUUCGGUAUUUCUGCUUUCUGGGUCGGCCUCUACUUGGACCGAACCUCGUUCGGUAUGGAUUCUUCAUUGGGCCUACUCAUCAUAGGGUAAUGGGCUCGCUGCUUUGGCCCGGAUAUCCUGGGCCUUUAAUUCGGGUAUUGGGCCUCUGAGCCAAUAUCCCAACAGGUUCCUUUUUUCUUGUAUUAUUCUCAAAAUCAUUUCUACCCCUUUUUCCUUUAGCUUUAUUGCUUGAUGAAGGUAGAUUGUAACGCCCCAAUUUUCCCGCCCAAAAUAAUAAUAACAUAUUGAUAACAAACUUGAUUUAUUCAUUCAAAAUAGAUAUAAUUUUGCAGCGGAAAUAAUAAUAAUAGAAAUGGGAAACAGGUGUGUUACCGCCACACCUAGCCCUCAACUUGGCUGGAUGUUAAGGCUAUCCACCACGAGUUCAAAAUAAUUAAAAACUUAAAUUCAAAAUUUAAUAACAUUAUUUAGACUAAGUGAAGACUACACUAGAAUCUUCUAAAGCGCUCUCAAGGCCCGUCAAACAUCAAGAGCUUCAUAUUCAUCAUUAGCUGCACAUAUAAAGUGCAGAAAACAAAACAAGGAAAAGGAAACAAAAAUUAGCUUUAGAGCUAAGUAAGUACUACCCAACCCCGUAAAAUAAUCAGGUUUGACAAAAAUAGUUUUUCAUAUAAUACUAUAUGUAAAAAAAACUCACACCACCAAAAUUCUUUUCUAAUCAAAAACAUCAUUUAUAAACUUUAUAAUCUCAAAUACCCGUUUAGUGAAAAAUAAUCCUUAUAAGCUCCAAACAAUUAACAUCUCAAAUAAAGGUAUCACUUUUCAAAGAUAACUUCUAUAACUAAAAAUAUCACCAUUCCAAAAUCAAUGUCACUCUUAGAUUCUUUUAAGAUGGGCGAAACUCAAGAUUCCUCAAGUCCAAUGAAUCGUUGUUGUGUACGAUUCAUACCGGAAUUCCGGCUCCCACCGACAACCAAUUGGAAACUGAACUUCCCUUAAGUGUGCACACCCCCUAAAAGGGAUUCCAAGCCCUCCGAGUAGUAAGAAGUCCAAGUAGUUCGGGCAACGUCCCCCUACCUCACAAUUGGUUAGAUACCCGGGUGAUUAGAAACUACUACCUAGACCACCAAAGAACUUUUAAAGUUCUCAAAAGAAAUACCGGGAAUCUCCCGCCACCAAUAAUCAUCAUAAACCUAAACAUUUACCGGUAUAUAGCUCUAACCACCCACACCUCGUGUUUCUCUCGAGAUGUCAAUAAUCAUUAUAAAAACAUUAUUCAUUCUUGGAAAAUCAUUUCUCUAUACAUACGUCCACCAAAAAUCCACAUUCAUAAAUACUCCAAAAUUCUUUUACAUAAAAAUUCACUCCAAAGUCAUACUAGGGAUUAAAUCCCAAAAUAUAUCUCCAAUAUUUCUCAAAUUCGUAGUCACUCCAAAUAGUACACAUUCAAAAUUCACACUUAAUCACAGAAUGCAUAAUAAGCAUAUAAUACGAGCAAACAAUUUUGGAUUGACAAAGAAACUUACCUUAAGUCCUGAUGCUCCUAAUUCUCUUCCUCAAUUCUGAUAUCUAAAUAAUCACCUUUUUAAUUAAGAUAAUAUUAGUCCCUUCUUCUAUUUUUUAAUAAUUUAUUCGAUUUCCUCUUACUAUUUUAUUAUUCGAAUUUAUUAAUAUAAUUUAUUAGUUAUUAGAUUUUAUUUGAUUAAUCACUUUUUAUUAAUCCAAUCGCCUUAUGAAUUCAGCCAUCAAUUUACAACAUUCGAAUUCUAUAGUUAAAUCACAAUAUCCGAACAUAAU